UGACAUCAUUCUUGUAAUGGCUCCUAGGCUAAAUGGGUGAAUGCCAACGUUCCGCUUCUCGGUGGAUUUUCCAUCACCGAUGUCAAAUGUAGCCGAAAACGAGUUACAAUGGUUGAUAUUCGGCCGAGGUAGCAGCGCGAAACCAAACUUAACGGCACAAAGUGAAUUAAUAUAACUGUUGCUCCGCCCGGCGUUUGGUGGGAGAACCUUGGCAGGGCGAUGGCGUGGAAGGAGCGCCUGGAAGCGAUGCUGAACGUGGGGCUGCGGGUGCCCAGCAUCAUGCUGCUGGAGGUGCUGUACCGGUGGGACGUCAGCUCCUUCUUCCAGAAGAUCCAGCGCAGCAGCCUCAACAACAACCCCCUCUUCCAGUACAAGUACCUGGCCCUCUACCUGCACUACGUGGGCUACAUCCUCAGCCUGGUGUUGCUGACUCUCCCACGGCAGCACCUGGUACAACUCUACUUGUACGUUCUCACCGCCCUGCUGCUCUUUGCUGGUCACCAGGUCUCCAGGGAUUAUGUUCGCGGCGAGCUGGACUCGGGCUACGAGGGACCUCUCUAUCUGGAGCCGCUAUCCAUGAACCGCUUCACCACAGCCCUCAUAGGCCAGCUGGUGGUGUGCACGCUGUGCUCGUGCGUCAUGCAGACCAAGCAGAUCUGGCUCUUCUCGGCGCACCUGCUGCCCCUGGUGGCGCGGCUCUGCCUGGUGCCGCUGGACACCAUCGUCUUCAUCAACCGCUUCGCCAUGAUCUUCACGGGCCUGGAGGUGCUCUACUUCCUGGCCUCCAACCUGCUGGUGCCCUACAAGCUGGCCAAGACGGCCUACCGCGAGCUGGUCCAGGUGGUGGAGGUGUACGGCUUGUUGGCCCUGGGUAUGUCCCUGUGGAACCAGUUGGUCCUGCCCGUGCUCUUCAUGUGCUUCUGGCUGGUGCUGUUCGCCCUGCAGAUCUACACCUACUUCAGCACGCGCGACCAGCCCACCUCCCGCGAGCGACUGCUCUUCCUUUUCCUCACCAGUAUUGCAGAGUGCUGUAGCACACCCUACUCUCUGCUGGGGCUGGUCUUCACUGUGUCGUUUGUGGCGCUGGGUGUCCUCACACUCUGCAAGUUCUACCUGCAAGGCUACCGAGCCUUCAUGCACGACAACACCAUGCACCGUGGCAUGACGGAGGGCAUCACGCUGCUGAUCCUGGCCGUGCAGACGGGCCUGAUCGAGCUGCAGGUCAUCCACCGGGCCUUCCUGCUCAGCAUCAUCCUCUUCAUCGUGGUGGCCUCCAUCCUGCAGUCCAUGCUGGAGAUCGCCGACCCCAUAGUGCUGGCACUGGGGGCGUCCAGAGACAAGAGUUUGUGGAAGCACUUCCGUGCGGUGAGCCUGUGUCUGUUCCUGCUGGUGUUCCCGGCCUACAUGGCCUACAUGAUCUGCCAGUUUUUCACCAUGGACUUCUGGCUGCUCAUCAUCAUCUCCUCCAGUAUCCUCACCUCGCUGCAGGUUCUCGGCACGCUCCUCAUCUACAUCCUCUUCAUGGUGGAGGAGGUGCGCAAGGCGCCGGUGGAGAACAUGGACGACGUCAUCUACUGGGUGAACGGCACCUACCGGCUGCUGGAGUUCCUGCUGGCGCUGUGCGUGGUGGCCUACGGCGCGUCGGAGACGCUCUUCGGCGAGUGGACGGUGAUGGGCUCCACCAUCAUCUUCGUGCACUCGUACUACAACGUGUGGCUGCGCGCGCAGCUGGGCUGGCAGAGCUUCCUGCUGCGCCGCGACGCCGUCAACAAGAUCAAGAGCCUGCCAACCGCCUCCGCCCAGCAGCUGCUGCAGCACAAUGACAUCUGCGCCAUCUGCUACCAGGAUAUGACAUCAGCAGUCAUCACCCCCUGUAGCCACUUUUUCCACGCUGGCUGCUUGAAGAAGUGGCUCUACGUGCAGGAGACCUGCCCCCUCUGUCACAGCCAACUCAAGAGCCAAUCACAGCCUGCCAACCCCACUCACAACGACGCACCAGCCAAUCACAAUCUCGCAGAGGUGGGCCAAGGUGAACCCUCCCCUGCUAGCCCUGUGGCUCCGGAGGGCACCGGACCUGCCAUCGAGGCAGCCAGUCCAAAGCCAGAAUCGCCAGUCGGACAAGCCUCCACCUCCACCACCACCACCACCACCACCUUCAGCCCCACUCUCCCCAGAGUGGGAGAAUGUCAGGAAAGCAGCUCUCGCUCUGAGCCCGGUGGAGAUGACGCCCCAUCGCCCGUUGAGGACCAGAAGUGCCAGGGUACCAUUCAGCCCCUUGCCAUGUCUGCAUCAGGCAUCUCUGCCUGAGCAGAAGGCAGUGGUGGCCGCCCACACCACCACCACCACACAUUCACUCUUGUGAACUUUCUCCUGAUUAUCCUACGCAACUGUGUUGUGGCCAACGACUGAUGACUUCUCUUAACUGUAGAUGCUGGUUCCAAACCGUUUUACCAUUUCAACCCCUGCAAUGCAUACACACACUGACACUUGCCCAGGUGCGCACAGAUGCGUCCGCGCACACACACACACACACACACACACACACACACACACACACUCCCCCACCUGUGCAUGCAGACAGACAACACACUCACACUGACACUCAAAGGUGUGUGCAAUCUCCUUAACACACAAGUAUAGACAUCAAUCAGUUCAUUCAUGUUUUUUUCUGUCUUAUGGUUUUAAAUCUGACUUCACUCCAUGUUCACAAAUUUUCACUUUUUUUUUUUCAUGAGAACAAUUGUGGACAUGUUUGAUAAAGACACUGGCAUUGGGGAAAAGUGCCAAAAGAAAAAAAAGACAUGCCAUAAUCUUUCUAAUAAUUUGAUGCUGAUCAUACCUCUGUUCCAUGCAAAUUUUUCUUGUUGGAAAAUCAUGCACCACUAAGCUGUGACGUUUUUUGCAGCACUGAUUCAAUUUGGAAUCGCGUUGAAUUGUUUCAAGGCUCUUCUGCUGUUCUGCUGCCUGUCUUCGUCCCCUGAAUGUCACAUUUGCUUAACAGAAAAUGUUCUCCGGCUAUUUUGUUUAAUUUCCUGUUGGUUCAUUUAAUCGGGUUCUUCCUAACUGACAUCACACCACAGUUCCACUUAACUCACUAUUAAGCUCAGUAUGGUUCGAUACUAAUGACUGUUACAAAUAGGAAGAAAAGAAGAGUCGGGUCGCAGGAACAAAGGAGAUUGUCCAGAUUAGGUGGGCAAGAAUACAGGCAAAUUUGCCUAGCAUUUGCUGUAGAGGCUGUAAGGUGUCUUAGGCUAGCAGGCACCCGCUGCAGAUAUGUCCUCUCACCAGUAGCCUUCUGUGGCCCAGUUUUCUCUUUCUCCUUUGUUCACUGGAGAUGCUCGAAAAAAAGUCGCCUCGUCAGGUACCAAAUAAUUGUGUUUGAGGAAGACACCCUUAUAUAAGUGUGUGUGUGUAUAUAUGUGCAUAUAUAUAUUAUAUAUUAUAUAAAUAUCUGUAUCUCUGAAAUCUGAAAAGUUUUUGAUAUGCCGUACAGUGUUCAAGGCUGCAUCUGCAUAUAUGAUGUGACCGGUAAGCUUGUGUGAACGACUUCAAUGCCCUUUCAAAGGUAGAAGUUAGAUUGAGCGGAAGGUCACGGAUUGCACGAUGCCAGCGUAGCUAACAAGUUCCGAAUUUCAACCUUAGUUAACAGUAUUACUUUGUAUGUUUAAGUAUUAUGGCAAUUCUCGACUGUGCUAAGCAUGAACACACAGUGGGACUGUGUGGGACCCCACAGAUAGAGAGCCAUGUCUUACUUUUAUUUGUAGUGGCUUGAUUGCAUUUGCACAUUCUUCUUGAAGGAAAAGGAGAAAUGGUAGACAGCAAUGGCUUGCAACACCCUAACUAGUCUUAAUCCAACCUUUUUUGUUUGAUUAUUUUUUUUAAGGGAAAAUAAGUAUGUCCUUGAGGAUGUGCUACAUUGGUUUUGAUUUCUAUAUAUUUUUAUUUAAUUUUUUUGCAUCUUUUUUUUUUAAUGCCACAGUAUACUUUGGUCUACUACAGAAAGAUGGUUGCAUCGAGAGAUGGGAAAAAAACUCCAUCUGGAGAUGAUCCUUUUGUUAUUUUACAGAACUGAAUGUCAAAUAAAAAUUGGACUGGUUUUAACAA